CAUCAUGUGCUGCAAGGAGGACUGCGAGAGAUGGUUCCACCUGCCCUGCGCCAAGGAGGGUGGCUGCGUCAAUCAGUACAUCACUCCAUACAGCUCCUACUGCCCCGAGCACCGUCCAGAGCAGGAGGUGCAGGCGACUCCAGAGCCGGGCACCGAUUGCCUCAUCUGCAUGGAGCCUGUGGAGGAUAGAAAGACCUUUGAAACCAUGGUGUGCCCAACGUGUAAAAGAGCCUGGUUCCACAGGGACUGCAUCCAGGGACAGGCCAUGCGCGCUGGUGCUUUAUUCUUCCAGUGCCCCCUCUGCAGAGACAGCGGGGAAUUCGCUGUUGAAAUGUUCUUCAUGGGGAUCAGAGUCCCCUUCAGACAGCCAACAUGGGAGGACAACGAUGCCUUUGCUUAUCUAGGAGAGAGGCACAGCAUGUGCAAUGCCAGGGAAUGCCUUUACCCUGGAGGCAGGGAGGAGGCAGAGCAUGAGGGGCCCUGGCAAUUGCUCCUGUGCUCCUCCUGUGCUGCUGAGGGCACCCACAGGCGCUGCUCUGGCCUGAGAAAAAAGACAUACAUAUGGGAGUGUGACAGCUGUGCUGGUCUUGGAACGUCCUCCAGGGAUGAGCCAGAGCUCAGUGGCCCCAGCCUGGCCAGACAGUCAGGACAGGAAUCUGCUCAUGGCUCCUCAGAAUCCCAGGACAUCAGGCCCAGCUCCGGCACGCCGGUGCCAUCGGGGCUGGCUUCCCCGUCUCCAUCUCCAGAGACCAGCAGCCAAAACAGCCAGCAACAGCCAGCAUCACAGCAGUCACUGCCAUCUUCCUUGCUGGACACCAGCAGCCCCAGCAGAUCAAGGCCAACAUACAGCAGCUCCCCGGACCCUGAGGACAGGCUCCAUUCCAGACGUGCUGGGCCUGACCGCAGGCGAAACAGCUCUGGCCCGCAAGACAUCCCCCAGACACAGCCGCUGCCGGCAGCAGGGUCGGGCCCAGAGUCCACGUGUCCGGUCCAGGCGUGA